GUAGAAAGGGCAAUUUCGUCCAAAAUUAAAUUUCUCCACAGAACAUGAUAUGCCGCAGUGUUCUCAAUCAUAAUAAUAAUAAUCAACGCUCGCUCGCAUGUUCUCUCACCUCUUUAUGCGUCGUCGUUAUAAGAAUCAGAUUCUGAUUCAUUCCUACGAUUUUCCGUUUGUUUCCCGAGAAAAUUUCUGAGAAAACCACCACCACCAUGACGGUGAUGAUGGAUUGGAUUCAUCGACUCAACACCAUUGACUGGCACCAUGAAUCUUACCCUGACUACCAGGAUUUCUACCUUCUCCCCUGCUUCGCGCUCUUCUUCCCCUCGCUUCGAUUCUUCCUCGAUAGGUUCCUUUUUGAGAGAAUGGCUAGAAGAUUGAUUUUUGGAAAGGGGAAUGAGAAGCUGGACUACCAGACAGAUGAGAGAAGUAAGAAGAUUAGGAAAUUUAAAGAAUCAGCCUGGAAAUGUAUUUAUUAUCUAUCAGCUGAGAUUCUUGCUCUGUCUGUAACCUAUGAUGAACCGUGGUUUACUGAUACGAAAAAUUUCUGGGUGGGGCCAGGGAGUCAGGUCUGGCCAGAUCAAAAGAUUAAGUUGAAAUUGAAGACAGUCUAUAUGUAUGCUGCUGGAUUUUAUUCAUACUCCAUUUUUGCUUUAAUAUUUUGGGAAACAAGACGCUCAGACUUUGGGGUUUCCAUGAGUCAUCAUGUCGCUACUGUCAUUCUCAUUGUGUUGUCAUACAUUUUUAGGUUUGCUCGUGUUGGAUCAAUUGUUUUAGCAAUACAUGAUGCUAGUGAUGUGCUUCUGGAGAUAGGGAAAAUGUCCAAAUACAGUGGUGCUGAAACAAUGGCUAGCAUUGCAUUUAUUUUAUUUGUUUUCUCAUGGGUCAUAUUGCGCCUCAUUUACUACCCAUUCUGGAUUCUUUGGAGUACAAGCUAUGAAGUUCUGCUCAACUUGGAUAAGGAAAAGCACCGAGUGGAUGGCCCAAUAUAUUAUUAUGUGUUCAAUAGUCUUCUAUACUGUUUGCUAGUUCUCCAUAUUUAUUGGUGGGUGUUGAUAUAUCGGAUGCUUGUUAAACAAAUCCAAGCAAGAGGAAAACUUAGUGAAGAUGUUCGAUCAGAUUCAGAAGAUGAACAUGAAGAUUGAGUAGGAAAGCAGGACCAUAAUAUUUCUUAAGGCAAGAUAAAUUUGUUGGCUUCAAACAUUUUAUCCUUCGGCCACAACGCUAAUCAUUUUCAAAUGUUCAUUCAAAUUGGAGGGGAUUGUAUUUAUACUGAUUUGAGUUCAGGCGACGGAGCUGAUUUAAAAGGGCAGCAGAUGCAGAGAAUUAUCAAUCUUCUAAGCUAUUGGUGUAUGAAGCACCUUCUGAAGUUGAGGUCUGCUGCCUGACAUUUUGUUAUUUUGACUUGCUUAAAAAUUUGUCAAUACUGAUUCCAAUUACAAGUGUGAAGGACUAUUGACCCCUUAACGUUUUCUGGCACAAAUGUUAUCCUGGGUUUUCAUUUAUUGGAGAACAAAAGUUGUUGGACUUUGGUGUCACAGAUCAUUCUGGGACUAGUCUUGUUCAUCGUAAUGUUGAAAGAUUUUAGUUCUAA